AUGGAACAAAAGACUUCUACUUCAGAGCUUCCAAGAAUACCGACCGAGGACCUUGCGUCGUGGGUGUUCAAUGGCCCGCAAUAUGAUCGAGAAAAGCCCAUCCUAAUAGACCCUGCCAAUCCGUCGCGAUCAGUCUCAUUUAAUCAAGCCAGAGAGCUUGUCGGAAAGCUUGCAACGGGGUUUAAAAGAGCCGGGUUGAAAGUCGGCGACUGCGUACUUGUCAACUCAGGGAACGACAUCUACUACCCAGUCCUCUUACUCGGCGUCAUUGCAGCAGGAGGUGUAUUUGCAGGCACGAAUCCCGGCUACAAGCACAGAGAACUCACGCAUCACAUUAAAAUCUCCAAAGCGAGAUUUCUCAUUUCGGGACCCGAGCCACUGAGCGAAUCGCUAGCCGCGGCAGACGCGACGGGCCUUCCCAGGGAUAGAACAUGGGUAUUCGACACAUGGGAAGAAGAUUUUGUGGCUCCCAAAGAUGUGCGGUCGUGGAAGACGCUUUUCGAGGCAGAGGAGUCGAGUGGAGAUUGGCAUAGGUUCGAUGAUUUGGAGACGUCCAAGAGAACCCCGGCUGCGAUACAGUUUAGUAGUGGGACGACGGGGCUUCCCAAGGGGGCCAUAUUGAGUCAUUACAAUCUUGUUGCGCAACAUACGCUUGUGUAUGAUACGAAUCCGCGCCCGUAUCAGAUUUCACGACUUAUUCCUCUUCCAUUGUUUCAUAUCGGUUGCGGACCAGUGACGAAUACCAGUAUUGACUUCAACAGCGCCCUACGAGCAGGCGUUCCCACUUACAUCAUGCGACGAUUCGACGUAACCAAGUACUUUCAAUACGUCCAAAAAUACCAAAUUACAGAUUUAAUGGUCGUACCCCCAAUCGUCGUUGCACUCAUCAAGAGUCCCCUCCUUGACGAUCCUCAAUACAUGAAAAGCGUCAAAUUUGGGCUUUCAGGUGCCGCGCCGCUUGACGUUAUCACACAAAAUGAACUUCGCAAGAAGCUGCCGGGCGUAGCUUUUACGCAGAUUUUUGGAAUGACGGAAACGACUUGUCUUGCUAUGAUUACACCGUAUGGGGAGGACGAUGAUACUGGGUCGGUGGGGAGACCUAUUCCGGGUCUUGAAGUGAAACUCGUGGAUGACGAUGGUACCCAAGUAACCAAACCCAAUAUACGCGGGGAAAUAUGGCUUCGAGGCCCAACCAUUUUCAACGGUUAUUUCGAAAACGAACAAGCCAACAAAGAAUCCUUUGACGAGGAGGGAUGGUUCAAGUCGGGCGACGUAGCAUACUUUUCGGAGGAAUAUAAAUUCUACGUCGUUGACAGGAAGAAGGAAUUGAUUAAAGUACGCGGUUUCCAGGUAGCGCCUCCAGAACUAGAGGCUGUGCUCCUCUCACACCCCCAGGUCGUCGAUGCGGCGGUUAUUGGAGUACGCUUCCCGGGUAUUGUUGAUGAGCAUCCGAUGGCGUAUGUCGUUGCUAGAGAUAAAGCAAAUCUGCCAGAUCCAGAGGAGCUCAAGGCAUUUUUGGCUGAGAGAUUGAUCAAGUACAAGUGGCUGACGGGAGGGGUGAGGAUUGUGGAUGCGAUUCCGAAGACUCCGUCGGGGAAGAUUUUGAAGAAGGUUUUGAGAGAAGAAGCAGCUGCACUAGUGAGAGCUGCGAAUGGUUCCAGGCUUUAG